UACACGUAUGUUUAUAACACAUCGGUAGCGUUACAAUGUUAUAGCGGCGUUAUUCCAGGCCUUGCAGUCUCCGCGCUUCGGAGCUGGGGCCUUAAACCCUCGGAACAAGGCUCUCCAAAACCGCCCUUAAACCCUCGGAAGAAGCCACGAUUCCGCCACACGAUGGCUCGCUUCCUGGCCUCUUCCGCUCGAUGCCGCCUUCCCCUCCUCCUCAAAACUCCAUCCUACUCCUAUCUUACUCCUCUUCUUGCCCGUGCCUUCAUCGCCGAGCCGCGCCCCUCCGCCUUCGACGAGAACCUCCUCCGUAUCCUCCGCUCCGAGAUCGCCUACCUGGCCGAUUACCGCCCCCCUCAGCCGGCCCCGGCGACCUUCAAGUCCUUCUCGGUCGAGGACCGCCCCGGGGAGCAGUGGAUCCGGCUGAGGAGCAUUUACUCUGGACGGCCACAGGAGGACAUCAAGGUGGACGCCACCUUGUUCGACGGCGCGGCUCCGAUCCCGACGUCCUCCAUCUCCAAGAAGGUGGAGGCCUUGGAGCAAGGCCCCCGCCUCCACAUCAGCCUCGUCGUCGAGGUGUCCAGGGGCGACGACUGUGGCUCCGUCCUUGAGUUCAUCUGCUCCGCCUGGCCCGAUUCCCUCGACGUCCAGAAGGUCUUCCCCCUCCGCCGGAGGGGCGCCGUCCUCCAGCCUUACAUGGGCCGCGACUUCAAGGAGUUGGAUAAGGGAAUGCAGAGCGCUGUGCAGGAGUACCUUGAAGAGAGGGGGGUCGAUGAUGAGCUUGCUGAGUUUUUGCAUGAGUACAUGAUGAACAAGGACAAGGCAGAGCUACUUCGCUGGUUGAGGAUUGUGGAGGCUUAUGUCCAUAAGUAGAUACGGUGCAACUAUUUAUGGGUUCGCACUUCUGUUCUCUCCUACUGGAAUUGUUCAAGGUUACUGAUUCAUUCCAAUGCUUAUGCAUUGCUGAGAUUUUUUUUGUUUGGUUGCAGAAUGCACAUCUCUUUCUCAUUUAUGGACACCAUAAAUUCAUUGAUGAUUUUGCAUCCAUUUCUACUUCUACUUCAAUUUUGUAUGCGAUGGUAUAAUAAUACUAGAUCUGUUAGACA